AUGGAGUACUCAGGUGCAAUAACACCGACCGACAGACGCAUAGCGAGACCUCAAGAUGCGACUUUGGCCCGAUUCUUCGGCCUCCCUAAGGUGCACAAUGAGGGCGCUCCUCUCCCACCCGUCAUGUCGCUCAGGGGUACUCCAACGUACGGACUGAAUAAGUGGCCGUUCUGGCGUCUCAAGUUCCUGACCGCUGAGUCGGACACCACGGACUCUUCGUCUGCACAAAUCAUGGAGAAACGCAAAAGGGGUAAGCCUUCCUUCAAAUGAAGCAACUGUAUCUUUGGAUGUUACGUCCCUCUUUACAUCUAUCCUCCAGAAACUGGCAAUCGAGAUAGUCGAGCCGCAUCUACAAAGCAGAUGCAAUGAAAUUGAGAUUCGCCUAGGACACGCUUAAAUAAUCUAACUUCUGAAGUUCUGCCUUAAGACAUUGUUCACGUUUGAUGGGACAAUCUACGAGCGGGGGAAUGGCAAACCAAUGGGUCCGCCGAUUUCGGGACUCAUCGUCGAGACGGUCAUGCAACGGUUAGUGUCGUAUGUCUUCCAAAACCGCAGACCGAAGUUCUGGCCCCGGUAUAUGGAUGACAACUUCGUCGUUAUCGACCAGGAUCAGUUACAUUCAAAGAACCUCUCAAUGCUGUUAUCCCCGACAUCCAGUUUACAAUGAAAGAGGUAGAAAUCGACCAGCUGGUUUGCCGCGAAGACUGCGGUGUCCUAAGGACCAACAUGCUCAAGAAAGCGAAAGGUUUGACGCAAGCGUCGAACUUCAACGGCAACCACCCAACCAGCCACAAACACAGUUGUGUAAGGGUGCUCUAUCGGCGUGUUCAAAUGCACUGCAUUGAGCCGGAAGAUAAGAUUGUCUUCAAAGCCACCGGUUACUUGUGCAACUUCGCCAACCAGUGCUUACGCAAACUGAGCAAGGGCCAGGCCACAUGGUCUCCUAAUUUUUGUGAGCUCUUCGCAGUUGGGGACAAGGCAACUACGUCGGUGAAACCGGAAGACUAUCCCGAACACGAAUGUCCGAACACGCGGCGGCAUUGCGGAGAAAUGACGCCAGCUCCCAAGUUGCAGCUAACUAGAGUUGAUCCGAACACACAUUCGAAUCCAACGCGACUGAAACUCUCUCUAAAUGUGACAACCGCGUGGGCCGCGAGCUGCUUGAGUCAAGGCUCACUGGCCCUUAGUCUAUUAGCAAGUUCAGUGAUCUUCUCCAUCCAUUUUCGGUGUCGGGACAUCGCCUAGGGGAGUAAUUAGCCACUCGGGGAACGCACAGGUGAACAUUUCCCCACCAUCAGGGUCGGUGGGUCAGAUGGUCGAGCCAUCGCUACACCAACCGGGGUGAAAUUGCAACGAUUAAAAACACGAAUGUCGACCAUCAAACAGUCGUCGCACCAAGUGCAGCAGUCCCCGAUGAAUGGAUGCAGCCGUGAAUAUUCAUAGGUAUGCGUUUGCAUAGCAACUGCAUCCUAUAAAUACCGCAGCCCCUAACUGUGGGCGCACAAACAUCCCAAACAUCUCAACAGAGUUAAAGAAUCUGACUACUCAGGAUCUACUUUCUAAACGGCACAGCACUGUAACGAACUUAUGGUCAGAAGGACUUGGCUGAAAUGAACGCAGGUGUCCAAAUUGGCCUUGUUUAUAUUUCAACUCAUCAGGCGAGCGUUUCUGGACUAGGCUACACAGGAAUGAAGAACUUAGACCAUAUGGGACUCCGUCGUUCUGGAGAAAGGCCUAGUGGUGGUCGACAAAAUGCCCAAGUCUGGACACAGUAUUGGUGCAGUCUCGGACACAAAAGUUUGGCGAGCGCUUCCGUAUGUCAAGAACGUUUCGAAAACUGUCGGUCGCCUUCUCGCAGCAUUUGGGGCUCAUUCGACGAGACCUGGCCACACGUUCAAAUUCGACGAGGCCGAAAUUCUCGCAGGAGGUGACCACCGCGUGAGCCGGGAGCUGCUUGCGUCGAGGUUUACUGGCCCCCAGUCCAUUAACUAGUGCAAUAAUCUUCCCAUACGAUACUCGUUGCUGAGAUUUCGCCUGGACGGAGUAAAUGGCCGCGCGGGGAGCGCACAGGUAAACGCUUUUCCCAAUGCCAAGGUCGUUUGGUCAGGUGGUCGAGCAAUCCUCACACCAGCAUGCAACGCACGCGAUGAAAUUGCAGCGAUUAACGACGCGAAUGUCGGUCAUUAAACAGUCAUCACACCACGUCCAACGGUCCCUGAUGAAGGGGGAGAGCCGUGAAUGUACAUAGGUAUGCGGUAGCAUGGCGACUGCAUCCUAUAAAUACUGCAGUCCCUUGUGCAUAAACCACCCGUAUCUGCUUUUGUCUCUGAUGAACAUUUCGAGCAGGAAUCCGAAACGUCAGGCUAAUAAAGUUCUUGUCCCAGCCACCGUGUCUCUCUCGUACGUUAUACUUGUUUAUUUGUAUUUCGUCAGUUAUUGCGAUCGUUAAUUCGUAGCACUUGUUGGGGAGCCAUAAUGCAGUAGGUAGCACAUGGUUUUAUUCAUCAUACUACUAAGGUUCGAGCGCCCUAAUUGACAAUCUUGUCUUGGCGGCCAGAGCCAACACGGCGUAUGCUGGACCGCUGAAUAAAUUAGACAAAUAACUAUAAAUUCCUUACGGCUCGACGGAAUUGUCGACACUGUCAGACAUGCCUGUCGAAAGCAGUUCAGCACAGGAUUUUAUUUGCCCAAACACGUACUGAUCUAUCGCAGCUUAGAACUUAAGAACGAAUACUGGUAAUGAAGGUACCUUCGACGAUAUCGAUGGGGAUAAUGUGACGUAAUUCAGCAACAAGUCGGAUUCUGUGGUAGGAGGGCGCUUACCGAUCGUUUCUACGGAACUCACUCGUCCCGUUGUGCCUUAUGGGCUCUCUCUCGAGCCCUACCAGCAGCCGCACAGCAGCGCACGAUAUAGGCAUAAUGGCAUUACCGAUAAAGACAAGGGAGACUGAAAUAGUCAUUUAUGGCUUAUUAGCUUAUGUCAGCUAGUCAUUCCCAGCCCCGAAAGUGGAACACCUGGGGCUUGAACUCCCGAACGGUUGGUUAGAAGUCGAACGCCUCUAACCACUGGGCCACGGACCUGUUGUCUUGUCGAUUGCGAUCGGGAAUAUACAAUGGGCAUAACGUGACGAGUGAGUUCGGUAGAAACGAUCGGUGAGCGCCACUCUACCAUGUUAUAUUCCCGAUCGCAACCGACAGGACAACGAGCCCGUGGCUCAGUGGUUAGAGGCGUUGGACUUCAAACUAACAGGUCGCGAGUUCGAGCCCCAGGUGUUCCACACUUCGGGGCUGGGUAUGACUGGCUGACAUAAGCUAAUAAGCCAGAAAUGACCAUUCCAUUCUCCCUUGUUUUUGUCGGUAAUACCAUUACGACUGAUUCUUCUAAUGCCACUACCAGUGACGAUUUUCACAAUGCUAAUAAUUUUUCAGUCAACGGCGGCGGAGUUGUAUUUUUACGCCCGAGAUUCUGUAUUCAUUCUCACCUUCACAAUAACUGAAGAGGCAUACACAGAGGACACAACGUUUGCUGAAUGCUUUUCUGCACCAUCGUGCCGCAUCACUACGACGUGGACAGUCUUUGAUUCAAGUGUUUGUAGCCCUUUGCAGGGCGUUUGUUUUCCUUAUACAGUCAAAUUCAUCAUCGGAUCACACUGAGCGAACCGCACUUGUGUGGUUGUUGCCAUUACUCAUCCCCACCGGUAUAUGUGCGAUUCCCCACCUUUGACAGAAACCGCUCGUCUUUCCGACGUACCUGACUUCCCUCUUUCUGCAACGAAUGUCAUAAAGCGUCCUUCCCUGACACGAGUCAUUAAUUGGGAACAGGUGUUUGUCUUAAAAUGGUUGGCCACCCUCAUACCGAUGGCGUGGUAACAUGACCGACAGUUACUCUAGGUUGGUGAUUAAUUUCCGAGGAAAUUAAAAGCAACAGUUUUUACGACGUCCUCAUCCCAUAGGCAAAUUUAUCGAAACUUGGGGUCUGACCUCUCGUCAGGUUUUUGCCUGUAUCAGUUAACUAGAAUGCUGUAAACCCCCUGUCAAAGCAUUAAAAUUAGGCAAUCAGUUGUUUGGACUCUACGAGCAUCGGCGCAAGCUUCAGGCGACUGAUUUUUCAAAACAGCGUACCUAGGUCAGUGGCAAUUAAUUAAAUCAGGAAGGCUUCAGAAUUGCGAGUUACCGAAGUCAAAUCACCUUUUUUUAGAUCACACCAGAAAGGUCGGAGUGGUGGAUACGACCUUCUGACAUGUUGGUAAAUCUAUCUAUUGUGCGCACAGGAACCUGUAAUCGGCCCGCAACACUGUCAGGCCUCAGUUUCCUUUGAAAUGUUUCGUGUGCGUUGACACCACAACACCGGUUCUUUGAAAUGGCGGCUUUCACAUGCAGAAAAGGCACGGCCGUGCGUAAAUAUCUACCCCUUGUCAGUCACGAAGUGCACACACUUUCCUCCUUCUCCUAAAGUCCACUUUCGCGUCGCACGGAAGCCGCAUACAGGAGAAUGUAAAUAUUAUGUUGCUUGGAAAAUACUCGCCGAAUUCAGCAACUAACAUUUUUUUCCUGAAAACUUUAACAUUGCAUACGUCAGAAUUAGCCAAAAUAUGGUCUUUGAAAGCUUACGCGUCUGAGACAUCGAUGAAAAAGAGUAUUUCUGGUUAGAUGGUAGUUGGUAGGCCUCCCGGUGCCGAAAACUCCCAGCUACCUGUCUUACGGGACCGGUGGUAAUAGGGGCUAUACGGGUGGGGCAAAUGAGUGGAGGCGUAAAUGGCGCUGGUAGUGUACGCCUGGAAAUGACGCUUCUGAUAAAGUGAAAGCCUAAUUUAAAUAAGGUGAAAAGUGCAAGAUGGGUAUGGAAAUGAGCAUGGUUAAGUAGAACCGUAUGCGAAAUUAAUGCAGCCUUACCCCAGAUUGGAAAGAAUAGCAAUUGAAGGUGAACAACCAAUGGGAAGAAGGCGGUGUGUCUUAAGGUUAUUCCGCAGUAUGUGCGAUAGUACUCAAACAGAUAGAAUGGACAUUAGAACACGAGAAUCAAGCAGCGGCACGCAGGACGGCAUAACGCAAGCGGGGUAAGACUUUAAUGCCAAGAAUAUGUUUGGGCGGAAGAGAAGAUCCAGAAAUAAUAGUUUAUUGCCACUGUGGCCACAUUUAGGAUUAAAACUAUGGCAGUAGUUGUGUGCUAUACGUGGGUGGAGUAUCGGUAGACACCCUAUUUGCGCGACGGUUGUCCUUGUCGUACACGAUCACGCCGGACUCUGCAGGAGGUCUCGAGUAAAAAGACCUAAGGACGCAGGCAAACCGACAAAUCGGAGACCCGCGCCAAUCCGCCUAGGAUGGUAAUGAGAAGCAUGAUUAAUCAUAAUGCGCCUAGGAUAAAUCUUUCGCCUUUUACUAAAGAUUUACGUGCAGGGGUGCAAUACGAUGAAUCUAUAUAAGCAUUUUUUGCAGCGCCACGUUCUCUGGGCGGUUAAAGUGAACAAGAAAUUCACCCUGACAGGGCUUCUGCGCGUGCACUCCCAGACAUAAUGAGAAAGUAAUCACAGCUACUGAAAUCGUAGUGCCUUAAAUUGGAAGUGCAGGAAAGGAUCGCUAACUGGCAGGGCUACCAACUACCAUCCCGCCGUAUUUCUACUUCGUCGACAAAAAUUAACUGGUUAUGAUGUUAAAAACUCCCAGAAUCCAUCUUCCUCCUCCGUUUUGUUGCAUGAGAAAGUGUCUAGAUGCUUGAAACAUGGUAGCCUGCGUGUCAUCGAGUUUUUGCAGUGUCAUCCCGGCAACAUGAAUGACUGCAAUGGGUAGCCCCAACCCUUAACCCGUAAGCAUUUUGGGAAAACCCAGACGUAACCGCAACCUUAAGCCUAGGUAUUUAAUCCGUAAGCCCAACCCCCAAAACCUUAGCCCAAACUUCUUCCCCAUGAUUCUAAAUCCAAACCUUUGCCUCAACCGGAAAUGUAGACUAUAACCCAGGCCUGUCAACCUUAGUCCUAGAAAUUUUGGUGGUCAAAGAUGUGAGAUCUGCUUAAACCACAUCCAAUAAUCCCGUUUCGUCUAAUGUCAGAAGUUAGGGCGCCGUGAGAGCAGGUUUAUUCUGUACACAGUACAGGUUGCUGUGAGUUGGCUGCUUGCUUGUGACAGAGCUAAGCGUCCGUUCAUGGAGAGCGUCAGUCGCGGCCUCAUGUACCCGCCCGUGUUACCACUCAGCGAAAGUAGUUGCAUUGAUUGGCUUCGAGAGCACGUGAGGGUAGUGGCGAACUUUGCAUGCUGCAGGCAGAGAAUCAAUCAGGAGUGCGGUGGGGACGGGACUGCAGCGAGACAGAUCGAGGGUUAGUGUGUGCAGCCGUGGCGCGUACGUAGGCGAACGAGGAGGCACAGAAACGGCUGCUACAAAAUAACCCAAGUCCUAAUACUAACCCUAACUCCAACCGUAUCCGUAACCCUAAUCUUCAGCCCGAUUCGUGCAACCUUAACGUCAAUAACUCUAGUGACAAUCAAAUACCGCGCUCCGCAUGACUCAUUUGCCGACCUUUUGUCAGACAAACCGUUAUGACCUAGAGAAUGGUGUUGUCACGAAAGACAGUGGAGACUGGAAUGACCAUUGCUGGUUUAUUUGCCGUCGACUGCCAACCGUACGCAACUCCUCGGGGCUCGAUUCCACGACCUGUUGGUUAGAAGUCCAACAUACUAACCGCUGAACCACGGGCUCGUUGUAGGGUCGGUUGCGAUCAGGUAUAUACAAUGUGGGGGACGCUCACCGAUCGCUUUGCGGGACUUGCUCAUCCCGUUAUACCUUGGGGCCGCAUCACACCUACCCAGGUGGUUAGAGCGUUGGCUGCGCUAAAGCCUUCCCCUUACUGCGUGGGUUCGAAUCCCACCGAGCUGCCGAGUUUUUCACAGUUGGGUCAAUAUGAAUUAUUCAAAAUCUGCCAAAAUGUCAACUAAUUGAUUAAAUCUCAAUUAUCAUGUAAUCAAUAUUUUAUUAGGAUGUGGGCCUCAAAUCAUUCCCUGUUAUCCGCGCAAGUUUCAACGUACUUUUUGAAAUUUUAAAAAGGUGUACUAUGGGUUUGUUCAGCGCGAGGUGGUUGAUUUUUCAGCUGUUAUUUGAUGUACUUUGCUUAACAAUCAUCAGUCCCAUUUCGUCAAAUACGCUAUCUUUGAAUGUACUCUCAAAGAAAAACAGUCGGAUCAUAUGGGAUUUUUCCAUGUCCAUUAUUUAUUUAACGUUUCAUUGCCAGACUGCUAGCUGUUCGCUUUGUCAACUUGUCUAUUCAAGAGAGAAAAUUCAGUGUGAUGUGAAGGCUAUUUAUACUGCGUAACUUCCAAAACAUGUCGACCUGCUAAAAAAUUGUCUUAAAUCCAAAAUAGGAUCCGUAUAGAGUCUGCUUUGAAUGCCUACGCAGACUUCAUGUAGGAGGCUGCAUAAGCGAUUGUUAAUUGGAAAACCUCCACCCAGUAUGCACACCCAUCCCGCGCUCGUAUGCUCCACCGAAGAUCCACAAGAACGGCCCAACAGUCCGUCCAGUCUUGCACAUGUGAUGCUCUGCUGAUAGAAGCGAACAGGCGAGUUCCAGGUAGCAGUUCAGAAGAUGAGGAUGCGAUCACUGGAAUAGGAAAUUUAUUGGCCUGACGUUUCGGAUUCUCACUCGAAUCCAUCAUCAGAGACAUUCGCAGAUAAAUGUGUGCGCACUGUUAAUUGCAGUGCGCAUACGGUCCCACGGUAUCAAAAUAGGUGAAUGAGGAGGCAAUUAGGCGGACGUACUUAAGAACCAAAGUGAUUAGGCUUGCUUUUGACAGAAGACACGCUAUCAGACAUCUUAGGUUUCAAAAAGGGAUGUUAAUGGGAUGAUUUUAAACGGGUGGCAGAUGGGUAGUGGGGGGUUUCAAGAAAAAUUGUGAAACGCUAUCAGAUCUGGUAACCGUUGAACCAUGGGGAGGCGUUAGCCCUUAACGCUCCAACAGUCCCAUAAAAACCAACUUUGCAAAACACCUCCAUUCUAACCCUAAUAACUUUAGAAAGAACGACAAAGUCAUGUUAGGUUUGACAAUGACAGAUUUGGGCAGAAGUCGCAUCUCGCAAAUUUCAUUUAUAGGGGACAACAGAUAGUUGGAGAAUUGGCUGACUUUUGAAAGUUUUGUAGGAAGCGGUCAGUUACGCUAUCCAAGACCCAAGUGUACGCGCAAUAUAGGUAUCGUUAUUAAAGUAAGCCAACGAAGUAUGCUGAAACUGUUAAUAAAAAAAUAGUCGAAGCUAAAACGGAAAAGGGCAACCUGAUGUUUCGGUUUAGGAGUAGGGUUGGUUUUACGGUUUGGGUAAGUGUCAUGCCAAGAAUUGAGUUUUCGAUAAGCAGUACAUAAGGGAGAUCAUAUAAAUCGUGUCCUGAAUAUCCAGUCACGAGGUUUUGGAUCUUUGUGUCCUGGCGGAUGUUGUAUCCUUCGAAUGUCUUCAGAGUUUGGAAUGACCAGGUCCUUUGCCUUGUUGGGAAAUUGUAAUGCAGAGAAGUCCGAAUGAAUGCUCAAUGGCCUUACUCGUCUGGUCAAACUGCGCUUUACCUCAUACGAGCUCGAGUCAGCAUCGUUGGGAGGAGGGUAUUGAUUGUGACAGGGUGCAGGUAUAAAAAGGAGUAGUAAUUCCAAUUUCAUUAACUUUGACAGCUAUAGACAUAAACCCAAGCCAGGUAAUUACUGCAUCAUUUAAUGUGGAGGUUAUUUCUAAAGGACCUUUUAUGCACUGUCAAAGCUCGGCUGUUGACAUGCUGUCUUGGAAAACGCAUCUAAGAUUUAUAGUGUCAUUUGUUCCGAGGUAAAGAGUGUUGACUCUUGAAAAAAAUGCCCCUCGCAUUUUAACUACGUUUUAUUAGCUCAUCUUCCAUUCCCAACCAGAAGGACCCCUGUUUUGGUCAAGAUGGACGGGAAAAAAUGUCUCCUUAAUUUUCAUUUCAAGCUCUCGAGUCUGCGUCGGCAUUCUUUUCGACUGAAAAAAUGUAGCCUGCUGAGUAUUUUCAUUUGCAACGAGAGAGAAGUUAGUUAGUUGUCAGCUAGUAAGUACAAUUUAAUGAACGAUCACCCCAUGGUAACGGAUUCACUCUCCUGAGAACACGGAAAUCUGAAUUGCAGACAAAUUAAAGCAAUGGCAGAAACUUUGGUCUAUUAAUACAAAGCUUUGACACUUGGUCGCUCAAGUUUAACUCCGAUUUGGAUGUUGACAUUAAAAUUUAGAGCGAAAUCGAUAAGACAACUUACAGUUGAAUUUGCCUUGGUCAAAAAAUAUGCACUAAGACUGAUCGAUUUAGACGUACAGUUCUCGACAACUGCGUUCUCGUCUUUUUAUAGGAAAUGUUAGUGAAUUUAAGACAGCUGUCGCCUUUUACCUGCGAUGCGCACUUGCGAUACCAAACAACCCAUUUGACCUACUAAGUGGAAAAUUAUCUUUACAAAGCGGGACGUCCGGUAGACAGCUUAACAAGUAAUCAAGUAUAAAGCCUCCUGACUAUUCCGACGGAAGGCGAAAAAUACCACUGAACUACAGUAAGUGAGCUAGCUCAUGAAAUCUCAACAGCAAUUACGAAACGCGUUUUCGUUUCGAAAAGAUUAAUUAAGUUGGGUUGUAGAACCAAUCAGCUUGCAACAAAAUUCUAUAAUAACUCAGUUACCGCAGGACGCCGGCUUUCAAGUAAACAGCUUGUGCCGAGGCACCAGACUAUCUUGCCUUUCCCUACCUGUUCCUCAUUCUUGAACUUACUGGUUGUUUAACUAAAUGGAAGGAACACAACGCUAUGCGACGCGCCUCGCAUGUGUUGGAUUGUCAGGUCGUUUGACUUCUGAUUGUUAAUUCUUUCAUAACUCUGGUAUUAUCCCGAUAUUCAUAGUCUAGGAGUGUUGGUUCUGCCUUUAACGCUCUCGACAGUGGUGACCUUUUGACGCUCGCGCUUAUGCCUUUAAUUUGUUGACUUUCUAUUUUCAUACAGUCCGUUUGCCUUGUUUCUUUCUACCAUCAUGACCUCCAGAAAUCCCAACAAUGCCACUACUUCAUUCAGUGGACUUGUUUCUUCUCUCCCAGACUUUUGGCAACAUGCGCCAGAGCUUUAUUUUUUCCGUAUUGAGGCGACUUUUCACUCCGCCAAGAAAACGCGUGAAACCGACAAGCAUUAUGAGUUGGUCGAGGCCCCUCCUCCUACCAUUUAUUCUCAAGUGCAGACGCUUUUGAGGGAUACUCCGACUGAUGCUCCGUACACCAAGUUAAAGGCUGAACUUCUUCGUCUGACGUCAGUCCCCGAUCGGCAGCGUUGUCACGCGCUAGUAAAAGAGGAGGCCUUAGGUGAUCGCAAGCCGUCGGAACUCUUGCGUCGUAUGCGUUCUCUGGUUGUGAACAUGAAAAUCGACGAUAAUUUCUUUAAAGGUAUGUUCUUAGAACGUCUGCCGACGUCCGUACAAACAACUUUGGCCUCUGGCUCCGACGACCUGGACAUAUCAAAGUUAGCGGAGAUGGCUGACCGUAUGAUGGCGGUUGAGCGUUUGUCAUCCCCGACCAUUGCUCAGGUGUCCCAGCCUCUCACCGUGUCCACCUCUGAAUUGACUGAACUAAAGACACAGAUUGCCCAGUUGUCAGCUACUUUUGCCGCUCUGCAGCUGCGCCGAUCCCCCGGUCCCUCUCGACGUUCCUUCGGCCGCGACCGUCGUCGUUCCCGCUCUCGCCCCAGGACCGCCAAUCUACGUUGGUAUCAUGUCAACUAUGGCGAUAAGGCGCGGCGCUGUGUCCCAUCCUGCUCCUUCAAUUCCACGCAGGGAAACUCCUCGACCGGAGAGUAAAUGCGGCCGAGUGGUAGGCAUUUUUUAGUCGACACUGGCGCUCAGAUUAGUAUUAUCCCUCCCACGCCAGCCGACCGACGUUGCCCAAACCAUGGUCUUCACCCCCAAGCUUUCAGCUGGUCUUCCAUUCCCACUUUCGGCAGUCGGUCCCUCACCCUGAACAUUGGACUUCGUCGGUCAUUCACUUGGAUCUUCGUGAUUGCUGAUGUUCCUCAUGGAAUCCUCGGCCCGGACUUUCUUGCCAAGUUCGAUCUCCUUGUUGACUACCGACGUGCCCGUCUCUUUGACCGCACAACGGGUCUGUUUGUUUGA